GCUGCGCGUCUCCUUGGCUACCGUACAGCGCACGCGACACCGUGUAGAAUCCACAUCAGCUGACAGUGAGUCUGGCCGCUGGAAUGGCUCUCUGAUCCCCUGGGUUUGUUCUUUUCUCCCUCCGCUUGAGUUAAAAACGGUCGUUUACUGCCGUAGACUGGAGAUUUGUUCACUCUUGUUCGGGUGGAUGUCAUAGAACAUGAACCUUAUGGAACCUCCACUGACACAGACCAAUGGGGUGGCCAGAUCUGACAGCAAGAUCAGUGCCAAAGCCCUGUUUGAACAACGCAAGAAAUACUCCAACUCAAACUUCAUCAUGCAGGAAACUUCUCAGUACCAUGUCCAGCAUCUCUCUACAUUUAUAAUGGACAAGACUGAGUCAAUAGCCACAGUAGAUGAUGCAGUAAAGAAACUCAUCCUUCUGGAAUCUAAAGGUAAAAUCUGGACCCAAGAGAUGCUGCUGCAGGUCAGUGACCAAGCCAUCAAGCUCCUAGACUGCGACACAAUGGAGGAGCUGGAGAACUUCCCUCUCUCUAUAGUUCAUCACAGUCAGACAGUUCUGAAUAAGACAAAGUACCCAUCUGUCCUGCUAUUGGUCUGCCAGGACAGUGACCAGCACCGACCAGACAUUCACUUCUUCUAUUGCGAUGAGGUGGAGGCGGAAAUAGUGCACGCUGACAUCGAUAGUGCAUUGGGAGACAAUAAAAACGGCAAGAAGAUGAGACCUCAAACGCUAAAGAUGAACCAGGAAAAAAUGAAGCGGCACCGGGAGACAAUCAUCCCACCCUCAGAGUCAAAAGAUUUUUAUCCUGGGAUGAAAGGGCGCGUGGCAGCUAUGGACAUGCAAAAUGUAGGAAGACGAAGUUCAGUACAGCAGGACACAGAAUCCCAUGAGAAAUUAGCCCAGCGCAUUGAGAAGGAAGUGCAAGUCCUGAACUGUGCUUUGGAUGACAUCGAGAUGUUUGUGGCGCGGCUGCAAAAAGCCGCAGAAGCCUUUGCCCAGCUCAACCAGCGUAACAAGAACAGAAAACAUAAGAAAAGAGGGCCAGCAGAGGGUAUGUUAACACUAAGAGCUAAACCUCCAUCCGAGGCAGAGUUCAUUGACACUCUCCAGAAACUGAAGCUCUCCUUUAAUCUGCUGGCCAAACUAAAGAAGCACAUUCAGAAUCCUAAUGCCGCAGAACUCAUCCACUUCCUAUUUGGACCCCUUGAGAUGAUCUUACAGAACUGUGGUGGUCCUGACCUGGCUCGCUCGGUAAUCUCUCCUCACCUGUCUUGUGAAGCGGUGGAUUUUUUGAGAGGACACCUGACUCCGAAAGAGAUGACAAUCUUUGAACUCCUGGGCGAUGGCUGGACAAGACCUAGAGCUGAUUGGCCCAGAGACCAGUGUGCUCCUGUCUACGUCCCAUAUUUCCAUAAUGGCUGGGAGCCUCCAGUGGAAUUGUUUCGCAUGUCACCGUGGGAAACCGAGGGCUCCAGUAGGUCCUCUGUCUCAUCAGAAGAGUUUUUUGGCUCACAUUCCUCACUGGCAUCAAAUGGGGCCUUCACAGCAGCUUCCCGGAAAUAUGUCAAGGUCCUCUACAACUUUGUGGCUCACAAUGUCAAUGAGCUGUCUGUUCUUCAGGAUGAAAUUUUAGAGAUAAUUGAAAGUGAUAACCAGUGGUGGAAGUUGAGGAACAGGAGUGGACAAGUGGGGUUAGUGCCCUCCAACACCCUAGUUGUCAUUACACUAGAGGAUCACAGUGUGGACCCAAUGUACAGCCAGUCAUAUGUAGGUCCAUCUUCACCUAGUCCUCUUGGGAGAGGAAACAGUUUUGAAAGAACAAGAACACCACGAGAUAAAGAUUACCGCAUUCAACAGAUGGGUAAAGUGAAUGAUGAGCUGCUGAAAAAGAUCACCUCUGGUAAAAACCAACCACCAGCACGCAACUUCAGAGUGGAGCGCCACACUAGUCCUACCAUUCCACUCACGUCCACUUCAUCCCCUGCUGAAGUCACUGCCUGGCUCCAUGCAAAGAAAUUUUCUAAGCAGACGGUGGACUGUUUGGGAAUUCUCACUGCAGCUCAGUUGUUUUCCCUGAAUAAGGAAGAACUGCAUGCAGUAUGUGGAGAUGAAGGCGGACGUGUCUAUAGCCAGAUCACUCUUCAGAGAUCCCAGCUAGAGAAGAGCCAAGGAGAAUCGGAGCUGGAGUUGCUCAUUAGCCAACGGAAUAAGGAAAUUGCCUCUGCCUCCAAAUAAUUGUGCUCGAUUUGAAAUAUGAAUUAAACAAUCAGCAAUGCAGUCUGGCUUCUGUAAUAUUAAUGACUUGUAAUAACAAUAAAUGCAGAACAUGGGCUAAUUUCAGAAAUGCUUUUGACAAAGUGCACAACCCUGCUUUAUCUUUAUUGUAUCUUUUGUCAUACAUAUAAAAGCAAUAUGACCACAUGCUAAACUUGUAUACAUUUAAUUUGCUUAUUUAUUUUAUUUUUAGAGAAGCCUCUGUUUUAAUUACUUCAUAACAUUGUUUAUUAUGGGGGAAAUAUUAAGCUUUGCUUCUGUAUAAAAUAUGUGUAUGAGAGCAUCAGGAGACAGGAUUUGUCAAUACUGAUGUCUAUGAUUGAUUUUCUCGUGUUUUAAAUGAAUGUGCUUCAGUCUGCAUUUCCUGUUCCUUUCUUUUCGUUCCAAUGCCAUUUUAAAUCUCGAUAUUUGUUUUUCAAAGACUACUUAUUUGUAAAUGUACAGUAAAUAAUCCUGUCUGAAGAUACAAUGCCCAAAUGCUGAUCUUUAUCAUGAAAAAAUGAUGCAGGGGUAGCAUUGCCACCUCACUGCUCCAGGGUCCCAGUUUUUUUUUUUGUCCUGAGCUCUGGUUACUGACUGUGCAGCAUCUCCGAGGUUCUUUCCAUGUCCAUGUGGAUUUAUUCCAGGUUCUUCAGUUUCCUCCCACCUCCCAAAAACAUGCUCGUAAGUUGAUUGGUGAUGCUAAAUUGCCCCAGGUGUGAAUGAGUGUGCCCAUGUGUGUGUAUGGGGUCCUAUCCAGGGUAUAUUUCCUCUUUGUGCCCAGUGUCCCAAGAAUGGGCUCUGGAUCCACCCUGACCAUGAUAAAGAGGUUACCGAAGAUGACUGAAUGAAUGUACAAUGAUACAGGAACAUAAUAAAUUCAGCUGACAAAUUCAUAAUGUAAUACAUUUGUUUGUUUAUUUUAUAGCUUCUUGAAUUAGUUAGUUAGGGCUUCUUGUUUGGUUGGUUUUUUUGCAUAAUGCCAUUGUUGGAGAAUGGCGACUUUGGUGUUUGAGGUCACACACUGGUGUCACAAGCAAGUAGCUUCAUGUAAAUGACUUAGUGCAAGGCAAGGUGUUCAUAUUUUCUGUGAAAAUGAUACUAGGUAUAUACAUUCAUUUGGUCACGUCUUGAUUCCAAAAUGCAUAUGGGGAAGUGUGUAGCAAUGACUGUGAGUCAUAAUAUUGUCAAAAGUAAUCAUAGUUGUGAUGCAGUAUAGCAGAGAUUACUGAUAGUUACAGCUAGAACUGUUUAUGAU